GGGCAGGAUCUGGAAUUUGGAAAAGUACUUCCAGAACCGGGAUUGAAACUGGUGCGAACCCUAUGGUUAUGGCGCAGAAUCUGACCUUGAGACAUCAGGAGUGCAAACAAUAUAAAACUGUGCUAGUGGGGAGCUCUGGUGUGGGAAAGACAAGUAUGGUUUAUCGACUUAUGAUAGAUGCACCUCAUGAAGUUUCUUCUGCCACUGGAUGUGGCUUCUUCAAGAAAAGGAUGUCUAUCCAGGAGAAGACAUUGGAUAUGUCUAUCUGGGACACGUGUGGACAAGAGAGAUAUCAAAGUGUGCUUCACCUAUAUUUCAAAAGAGCCAGCGCAGCCCUAGUGUUGUAUGACAUCACUCGGACGGAUACCUUCAACAGAGCCCAAUUAUAUCUGGACGAGCUUGUGCAGUAUUUCCAUCAACAACAAGUGAUAAUUUGCUUGGUUGGGAACAAGAGCGACCUUGACAGUGAGCGAGAAGUCUCAAAAGAGGAUGCCCAGGCUUUUGCAGACAGUAAGGGGAUGCUGUAUAUGGAGACCUCAGCGGAGACGGGUGACAAUGUGCGGAAAUUAUUUGAGAUCCUGGCUCAGGAGCUGUUGAGCAAGGAAAGCAAUGAAGAAGAAAAUCAGUGUCGGAGGAACCCAAAUUUGGUAAUACGAGAAGAGACCUUCUUUUUCAGGCACUGCUGCAACUCCUAACUCACAAUAUUCCACUAUGGUGCAAAUGCAAGCAGCCAGUGACACUGAAGAACCCUUAGCCCAGAAUUUUAGACUACAUGUAUGGACUGUAUAUUGGUUAUUAAGUUAGCAAUUGUAAGUUUUAGGACAAUGUCAUUAUGAGAAGAUUGGAGAACCGGGUAAGCUGCUGAAAAAGAUGUCACUGAGUGAUAUU